AUGUUCCGUGCCGGUGCUGCUCGCCAACUACGCGCCCUCAGCGGCCUGGGAGCCUCGGUUCCUCGUAGCUCGCAAUUCUCCUCCAAGCUGUGCACCCUUUCGCAAGCAACUCGUCCUCUCGCAAUCGGCAAGCCCGUGACGCUUGCUCUGGCACGCUAUGCUAGCCAGCAGGCGCCAAUGGACAAGAUCAACAAAGAGGUGGAAUCAAAACUCGGAAGUGAGAAGCUCAAGCCGGAUCCCGACACUGUUAGCAGCACGUCGUCGACUCAUCCCGUCUUUGGCGAAGUUGGCAUGCCCGAGGACCAGCACAAGGAUGCCGACAUGAUGGCUGGUGUCAAGAAUGACAUGAAAGUCAUCAAGGAUACUUUCUCACUCGAAGGCGUUCCUCGCGAAGCCUAUACUCUGGGAAUGGCCGGUGUUCUUCCUUACCUCGGGACCUCUGUAUCCACCAUCUACUGCGCUUGGGAGAUCACUCAUGCGCACAACACUGGUUCCGGCUUCUUGAUGAGCGAGCAGACUGCCGAGGCAGCUCUGCAUGUUCUCGAGCCUCUCCAGGUUGGAUAUGGCGCUGUUAUCAUCUCCUUCCUCGGCGCCAUUCACUGGGGUCUGGAGUUCGCUGGUUACGGUGGACACCAAGGCUACAAGCGUUAUGCUAUUGGUGUCUGGACCCCCGCAGUCGCAUGGCCCACCAUCUUCCUCCCCGUUGAAUACGCCCUGAUCACCCAAUUUGUCGCCUUCAACUUCCUCUACUACACAGACAGCCGCGCUUCCAAGAGGGGCUGGGCUCCUCCAUGGUACGCUGUCUACCGCUUCGUCCUGACAUUCAUUGUGGGCGCCAGCAUUGUCAUGUCCUUGAUCGGUAGAGGCCAAAUCGCAGACCGCAUUAACAAGUUGCCUGGUCCUGCUGACAGAGUUCGCGCACUUCGCGAUGCUCAGGCACAGCAAUUCUCCGAAGAGGAGGAUGCUAAGCGCAACAAGGCUCUGAGUAAAAAGGAUGAGGAUGAGGAAGAUGAUGAAGAGUAG